AUGGCCGACAAGACGUCAGAUAACAAUAAUACUAGCUCCGACUCGCCAUCUACAGCAGCAGCAGCCGCUCCAACGUCCCGAUUCUUCCCCUUUGCAACAUCCCCUGACAUCAUUCGCUCCUACGAGAAGGAUUCCUUUAUAGUCUCCACCCUAACGAACCAGUCCCAGUCCAUCAUACGUUCCAUCAAAGGCGCACGAUACGCACAUGGUAACGCGGAUACAAUCAAGAACCUGACCGAAAUUCUCUACUUCUCUCUAACAACACUAAUCGGCAAUCGGACGCUGGGCGAGGAAUAUUGCGAUGUCGUGCAGCUCGAAGUCGAUACGUUACAGCUCCCCGCACUCCUGCGCCGGCUUGGAUAUAUUGUUAGCAGCAUCAUAAUACCCUGGGUACUGAGUCGAUCAUUGCCGUCGGUUCGGCAACGAGUUCGCGCAAAGCUCGAGCGAAGUAUUGCUCGACAACGGGCUAAAGAGGCUUUGAAGAGCAGCCUGCUUCAGCAUGAGAAUAAAAAGAAUAGGAAUUAUAGUAAUAGCGAGAGAAAUAAUAAGAACAAGCCGCCGCUAUUCAGCAGAUUGCGCGUUCAAGAAUACCUCCUCGAACACCUCGACUCGUUGACUUCGCCUUCUCAUUUUUAUGCGCUCAGUCUGGCCACUUUUUACUUCACUGGCGCAUACUACCAUUUGUCCAAACGUGUUUGGGGGCUGCGGUACGUUUUCACUAAGCAGAUUGGCGACAGUGAACAGCGCGUCGGCUACGAAGUAUUAGGGGUCCUUCUAGUACUUCAAAUGACGAUACAGGGCAUAGUCCAUGUGCGGGAUACUAUACAAUCAUUUCAGAACGAGAACGAAAAGACCAUCGCUAUUGUUGAGAAAGAGAAAGACAAGGACAACAAGCCAACACUACUAUCCUCCGUCCAAAAUCCGGCCUCAAUCCCAGCCCUGGCAACUAGCACAACAGCACGCUACGAUCUCUCAGAAAACCCCACGGCAAUUUCGUGGAUACCAGAGGGCCAGCAUCGGAAAUGUACAUUGUGUCUUGAACAGUUCAAGGAUCCGAGUGUGACUACUUGCGGUCAUGUGUUUUGUUGGAUGUGUGUUCGGGAUUGGGUUCGUGAGAAACCUGAAUGUCCUCUGUGUAGGCAGGAGGUGCUUCCAUCUAAGAUUUUGCCUGUACGGGGGUAG